GUUGGGAAUAAGUCUUCUCAUUUGAAGGCUCUUUCAAAGUGAAGAUGUUUCCAGUGACGACUUUUUGUGUUCUACAUGUUUUGACAGAAUAACAACAAUGAUAGUAUCUGAACAAGGUGAAGCCUCCCAUGGUGCAGAUUUUGCAUCAGUAGUGGAAGAAUUACAUACCCUGAAUCAGUCAACUACAGAGCUGAAGUUAAAGCCAAGAAACAUGCAACAUUUUUGGAGUCAUGAGGAGUGUGUUGAAGUUCUGGCAAGGCAGUACUACUAUGCAAGUAUGCACAUGAAAAAUUCACCAGGCUGCCUGCUGUUUUUUGUCAAGACAUGAAAUUCAAGUCAGGACAUGAAACCCUCCCUCCCCCCACAGCCUGCCCGUACUGCAAGUCUGUCACUGUGCGUUUGGCUCUGUUCAAGUUAACUGCCUAGUGUUUUGUGGAGGAAGAAAUUGAAAUUAAAAGGGCAAAGCUUGAAUCAGAUUUCAAGUGGGUCAAACAAUACUGGGUACAAGAAGUUUCCAUUAUUUUAAGCCAGCUUCUUGUGAAGAAAUUACAGCCAAACGAUUAUUUACAUGUUAUGAAUUGAAAGUUUGCACGCUUUCUUAAAAUGAAGCAGUCAGUCAAACCAGUUACGGUGGCACUCAGAGUUAGGCCUUUAACAGAAAGUGAGAGAACUCGUUCCAUUGCGAGCAUUAUUAAGCAACCUAGCAAUCCAAAGGUUGUUAUUAUAGGAGAGCGUGGAUUUUCUUUUGAUCAAGUAUUUAUCGAGGAAGGGCAGGAGACCAUUUUUAAUUUACUUAUGACACCUGUCAUAGAGAAGUUAUUACAAGGUGUUAAUUGUUCUGUUAUUGCCUAUGGACAAACAGGAACCGGAAAAACAUACACAAUGGGAACAGAACCACAGGCCUUUGGUGACACUUUAAACUCUGGUCUUAUAUCAAGAACAGCUGAAAGAUUAUUUGAAAGCUGUAUCAUCUCUGAUGAUACGCUGACCAUAUCUGUUUCCUUUGUGGAAAUAUAUAAUGAAGAGGUAUUUGAAUUAUUAACUGACCAACCAGUGAGACUGGAUGUGAAAGGUUUUCAGAUUCGAGGCCUGAUGUCUGUACCAGUGAAAACAAUGGAUGAUGUUGGCAACCUUUUAUGCAAGGGAACUAAUAAUCGUCAUACAAGACCAACACUUCUUAAUAGCAGCUCCUCUAGAUCGCACGCCAUAUUCACUUUUAGAUUAUGUCGGCACAUUGGAAAUGAUGUACUACUGUCAGAGUUACACAUGGUAGAUCUUGCAGGAUCAGAAAGAGCAAAGAGAACAGGCACCUGUGGUGAUGCUUUCCAGGAAGCUGUAUGUAUCAAUAGAGGCCUGCUGGAGCUGGGAAACGUAAUUCAGAGCUUAUCAUCAGGCCGUCAUGGAAAUCAUGUUCCAUAUCGAAAUUCUCUUCUCACUUCUGUGCUACAUGGCUCUUUACAGAUUCAUAAUAUGAUUGCCAUGAUAGCGUGUGUAAGUCCUUCAGAACUUGACAUGGCUGAGACUCUCAACACACUUCGUUUUGUUGAGAAAUCCAAGAAGGUUAUGCAGGCGAUUGAGAUAAAUAAGGUUGUCCAACGCCACAAGAAUAAAGCCAUACCAAAUUCAUCUGCAAUUCGUCCCAGAUACCCACUUGCUCUACACAACUAUCAGUAUAGUUCUGUUGCAGGAAAUGCAGAAAACAGGCAGUGUGGAACAGCUAUAUCAUCAGGUCCUUUUGAUAGUGUGUGUUCCCUGAAUACAGAGGAAAACAUCUCGUCAAAAGUGAAUGAUGGAAGUGGAUUUAUUAGUCCCAUUGUGAAGAGGUGCUGUGACCAGAUUGAAAGUAACCUCAAUGAGAAAAUAGAGCAAAUUGUGCUGAUGACUGUACAGAAGGAAAAGAAAACUAGAAAUUGCGUUGCAAACAAUGUUUCUGCGAUGGUUUAUAGUCCACUGCUCCACAACUCUAGAGAACUGCUGCCUCUUUCAAAUGACAGAAAGACAGUGUUUCGGAAAGAGAUUGAGAAAUUCCAAGAACAAAUGCGAGAAGCAAUGAAGUUAGAAAUGAGAAAUAUUAUCCAAGAAGAGGUAAAAGUAGCACUCACUAACACUAUUUGCUCAACUGUUGAAGUCUUGCAUAAGAAAAAAUGUAGUCCUGGACGAGCAGCACCACUAUUGUGUCGUAGGCUGGAUUUUGAACACAACACAUCAGCCACAGUAGGUCAAGAAGAUAUAAAAGCCCAGCCAAGGCGCUCUCUGCGUAUAUUUGGGAGGGAGAAACAAAAUAUUUCUUCUUGUAAAAGAAACAGUCUAGCUACUAAAGACAUUCUGCCAAAUGUUGAUUUUAGGGAAAAUGGUAGGCAGAUGCUUUGCAGCACACCAUUGCCCUUCCCUUUCAUUUCCUUGGGAAAAGAAAAGACACAGGAUGAACUAAUCACUCCAAAGAAAGGAUCAUUCCUGUCUCCAAAGAGAUAUGACUGCAUUCCUGACAGUUUGGAUUAUGGAGGUACAUGUGACGCUCCAGAUUACUGUAGAGGAGACAAAACAAACAGUGUGGAAGCACAGAAUACAAGGCCUCGGCGCUCUAUGCGACUUUCUGUGAAAUAUUUGAAUAAUGGGGAAGAAUCAGUUAGAAUUCAAUACAAUCGAACCAAUGCUGCACUUCCCACACCAAAUGGGAACCUCUCAACUCAACAUAGGAAUUUACAGGCACAGAAUACACCAAUAUUGAGAACGAAUACAGGCCAAAUUAAUCUGGGCAGUUAUGAUCCUGUUAGUCAGUGUUGUCAUGCAACAGAAAUUAUUACAGCUGAUCACAGUCCAUUGCCUGAACAGAAGUCCCUACAGGCAUUUGAUUCAGUGAUACAAACUGGCAACCACCAUACUAUCCAUACUCGAAGUGAUUCUCAUCUUCACAGAUACAACAAUCAUCAUUAUUCUCAUACUGUAAGAGGAAGCUAUCUUAAAGAACAAACUGAUGAUUUUACGGCACUCAACAGUCACGUCAUAUCUUCAUCUCAGGAGCAACAACAAAGUGCGGUUGGCAGUAUUGCAAGAACAGAUAAAAUAAAUCAUCAUAGUCAAAAGGUUGUGUUGAAGAACAGAAACAAGAGGUGCAGAAGAAAAAUUAAUCAUCAUAAAAGUCCAUUUAGAAGAGAAAGCAUCAAAACACCUAAAAAAAUAAUCAUGAUGAAAGAACUUGUAGCACAUAAUGUUGGCAAUAAUAUUCAUCAGGAGCAUAUGAACCGAAUAAUUUCUUUACUAAACACAGGUAGCACAAGAGAAUUACAGAAGCUACCAACUAUUGGACCAAAAACAGCUUUAAUAAUUAAUAAUUACAGAAACUUAUCUGGGGAAACAUUUGAAUCAGUAGAUGACUUAAGAAAAAUUCCUGGUUUAAAUAAAAACUUUCAUGAGAAAUUUGCCCUGGCAAACCUUGUCAUAUGAAUCAUCCCUGAAGAUAUAACCACAGGCCACCAAUAUUUUACACUGAAAUGAAAACACAAAGGGUACUUGCAGUGUAUUGUGUGCAGUUAUUUCACUUUAGAGAAAAUGGUAAUAUACAGAAUAGGAGGCUCAAGGGUGCCUCAUAAGCACUCUUAAAGCUCACAUUUUCUGAACUGCAAAUGUGUAAUUUUUGUAUAUUUUAAGAACUUAAGUUUUUUGAUCUUAUUACACUAGUCUUGUAAUUGAUGUUCGAAACUUUAGAUAUUUUCUUUAUCUAAUAAAUGAUAUGUACUAUUGUCAA